UGUUUAUAAGAAAAGGAAAGAUAAAAAAAAAGCUCCAAUUUCUCUUUAAUUAUUUUUUUCAGGAAAGGAUUACAAGUUAGAUUUAUUUUAGAAGGGAUAGUUAACCUUUUAUAAAUUGUCUGGCUCAAGAAUUUUUCAUUUUAACGAACAAUAUCCAACAGCCAGGAUGGUCGCAAAGCAGCAUCUUGGAAAUGCUGACUAUGCUGUCAUUGGCAUUUCACUUUUAAUUCCUCUUCUCAUAGGUUUAAAAUUUCGUUUUUCUGGUGGUAGACAAAAUAGUACAGAUGAAUAUUUUUUAGCUGGCAAAAAUGCUUCUAUGUUCCCCGUUAUUAUGUCUAUUAGUGUUACCAUCCUUUCCGCUGCUGCUAUCAUAGGCUUGCCAGCAGAAGUUUAUAGGUUUGGAUCGCAAUUCGUCUUGGUGGCAUUUUCAACUGGAGUUGGAAUGUUUUUGUCGUCACGCAUUUUCUUACCUGUAUAUUUCAACUGCAAUGUUUCCAGUAUAUACGAAUUUUUGGAAAUGCGUUUUGGAAAAUUUACUAAAUACACCGUUUCUGGAAUGUUUAUAAUACAAAUGGUUCUCUACACAUCUACGGUUCUCUUGGGCCCUGUACUUGCUCUCAGUGCAGUAACUGAUUUUUCUUUGAAUAUAAUGGUAAUAAUCUGUGGAGCCGUCUGCACCAUCUAUUGCUUUAUGGGAGGAAUAAAAGCCAUCUUGUGGACUGAUGCUUUCCAAGGAAUAUUGAUGUUUCUCUGCCUCAGUACUAUGUACCUUGUUGGAAUGAGAGAAGUCGGUGGCCCAGCUGUAAUUUACGAUAGAGCCAAAGCGGGAGACAGAUGGGAAUUUUUUAAUAUGAAUUUUGACUUCACAACUAGAUUUACAUUUUGGAAUUCCACCUUUCGAGGCCUAGUUCUAGGUCUAGCAUUUUAUGGAACAAACCAAAUUCAAGUUCAAAGAACGUUGACGAUGAAAAGCUACCAAAGGGCCCAAAUAGCUCUUCAAUGUAGCAUACUAUUGGUUGUGACGCUCCUGUUUGCUUGCACAAUGUUUGGUGUCAUUCUGUAUGCUGUUUAUUUUCACUGCGAUCCCAUUUUGAUGCAAUCGGAGACUGGAAUCUCAAAAUAUGAUCAAUUGGUGCCAUAUUUUAUCGUGACAAGGCUUCAUUCGAUUCCAGGCCUCACUGGACUGUGCUUUGCCGGGAUCUUUAGUGGUUCCCUCAGCACUAUUUCUUCCGCGCUCAAUUCCUUGAGCACAGUUACGCUUGUAGACUUCGUUCAGCCGCUCUUCGCAGACAAGUUGAAUCCUACUUGGGAACUCUAUAUUGCUAAGGGCUCAUGCUUGAUCUACGGUAUUGCAACAAUUUUCCUUACUAUUACCAUAACAAAUGUCGACAGCUUGGCUCAGGCUACCAUCGUUUUCUUAAGUGUAGCCGAAGGACCAGUAUUGGCUGUUUUCAUGAUUGGCGUUCUGACACGGAAGACUUCAGAUAAAAGCACUGUCAUAUCAUUAAUUGCCAGUGUGACCUUCAUCUGCUGGAUAUGCUUUGGCUCUCUAUUUUCCGGUUAUAAGAAUCCAUCUCUACCCCUCGAUACAAGUCAAUGCCCAAAUACGAACUCAACAAUACUUUUUGAAACUUCUACAACUGCUUGCGUUGAUGAAAACAAUUGUGCUUUAAUCGAACCAACCGAAGAGACAUUCAUCCUUUAUAAAAUUGCAUAUGCUUGGAUUCCUACUUUAGGAUGCGUCGUUACGGUAGCCGUUAUAUUUAUUGCUAGUUUUCUGACAGGUUGGAAUAAAACUGCGAUUUCUCCAGACUCAAAGUGCCUCAGCCCUGUUGUUAAGAAAUGGAGUAAAGGGUAUCAUGAAUCUGAUGGAAUUUCGCCAGGAUGUGAAAAUAAAUUCGAGUUAAUAAAAGUGACAGAUGAUAAACAAAAUGGAAUGGCAUAACUGAAUGUGUUUUAAAAACCAUAAAAUGAAUCAUGA